AUGACUCAGCAAUCAGCGCGUCGUUUGUUUGAUGCUGCUUCUGAUUUUGCGGCGGAGUGCGAAGGUUCGGUGCCCGAAUUUGUUCCAAUUUUAAGGCGCUUCUUGACAGAUUUGGAUCAGUAUUUUGAUUUGGCAGCAUUUCGGUCGGCUGCCAGUUCGAGCAAGAUCCAGCGUCUAGAGAACCAAGUUCGGUAUCAGAAAAGAAGGAGGGCGGAAGCAGAAACUGAGUUGAAGCGCCAAUUGGCGCCAAAGCAGGGUCUACGCAUCGAGAGCCUGUGGUGGUUGAGAACAGGGUUGGCAGAUCCUUCCAUACCAGCUCAGAGUUUGUCAUCGUUUGCUGCUGAGUUUCCUGUUCAGGAAAGGCCUGAUGUAACACUUUCAAGAAAUUCAGUGAGUCGCUCGAGAGAUUGUUUCGCAGAGAUAUUGAAGCACAUGAACAAACAAUCUUUGGUAAAUGUCGGCCACGCAAUGCCCCUAGGUGAUGGAACUUUGUCAGACCAAUCCAAAGCAAUUAUUUUCUUGCAUUUGCAUGACGAAGCCUGCAUGCGUGUGAAGAGCUUCUCUGACUUCUUGACGUUGUCCAAUUCCAGAUCUCGAUCUUCUGCCGUGCAGAACCAAAUUUUGCAAGUUUUUGGUCCCGGAGACGUGAUGAUCGAUGUCUUGUGUGAAUUGGUAGCGUUGGAAAGAAAAAAUGCUGCUAGCAUUGCUAAGUCACUGUUAGAUACUUCGCAGUCCGCCUGCGAAGCAUUGUUAGAAGGUUUCUUGAAAGAAUCAUCGCAGAGAAGAUUACGUGUUGUGCAUAUUGUGGUUGGAGAUGGCGCGCCGACCAAUGAAUCCGCUGUGAAGAGAAUGUGGCGUGCUUACUCCACCUUCAAGCCGGAUGUGCUACGCUAUAAGGUGUUGAAUGUGUGCGUUUCCAAACUGGCACAUCUUAGGGGGGGUCAAGCAAGCCGCGACGAAUGUUGUGCACUGGUCGCAGCAGAGUUGGCCAAACAGCUUCUCCCGGUGCACGACAAGCCCACUCCAACUCGGUUUUUUCUUUUCUCUGCUUGUGUGAAUACCAUUCUCCGAAUGUUGCUCUUGAAUUUGCCUCCUUCUGUUUGGAUGAAACUCCGGGAGGUGUGCCCACAAAAGCAGAACGGCAAACGAAUGCAACAAAUUUUGACAUAUUUCACUUUGCAAGAAACAGGUGCUGAUGUCCGACGAGCUGCCUUGUGUCUGCGCUUGACUAUGCAUGCUGUCGCAAUCACAGCUCAGAAGCCUACGUCUACAGAUUCUGUGCCGCCUUUGGUGCGAAUGGGACAAGGUGAAGUGAAGGAAAAAAAUUCUGCGGACUUACGAGAGAUUUUCCCACUUUUGUCCUUAGAUCCAGCGAUACACUUGUCGCAAACAGUUGCUUCUCUGCUGACAACCGCAUGCCACCUGGUCAUGCGGUUUUCUUUGUACGAAUCAUAUCCGUACAAAAUUUGGACCUUGUCGAAAGUGUACAAUCCUGUGACUUAUCGAGCAUGCGUGCUGGAAUUCCUGGAGGAACCCAGGGGGCAUCUUGAUGACAGUUUUUCUUUCGCCUUGCAGCAGGAGGCUCUGGACAAAGGAAAUGUUGCCCAGGCCGUGCAAUUUCUGUUGGGAGACGACGUUCAACAAGAACUUGAUAUCAUCAUUCGUCGGUCUCUUCUCACCACAUUAGACAUUGAACGGAAACACUUUCUCGACAAGGCUCCUGAGAGAGCGCAUUCCAAAAUACGUUCUUUGAACAGAAGCAGCCGGAAUUCUAUUCUGCGCAGAUACAGGCAACAACGUUCCAAUAUUAUAUUUCGGAAAAUACGGGACAUGAAAUAUUUUACAAAGCAAAAAUAUAUGAAUUUGCGGGCCUUGGCCAUUGAAAAGAAUCCACACCUUUUCCCACGCGCAGCUGGACAGUUACAUUGGCAAGAAGGUAUGACCCAGGCGCAAAGGAAAGUCAUCAUACACGAGGGUGACAAGGCAGCUUUAGAUGCAUUUAUUGAAGAGAACAAAGAGAGCUUGAGAUUGGAGGCGAAGCAAAGAAGGAACGAUGCGAGAGCUGUGCUCGCGGGAGGCAGCGGUGAACAUAUUCCUCAAACCAACGGAGAGUGGCUGCAAUGGAUUGAUUCACAUACUGACCAGUUUCAUGAUUUUUUGCGAACUUCCACAGAGUCUCGCCGAAUCUUAUCCCAAAGAUUGUUUGUGCCAAAUUCGCAGAUGCCUGCUGCACCACGAUUGCAACCAGAGGAAGGAAACAUUCUUCCAAUUUGCCUCGCUCCGUUACGUUCCUGCGCGCCUGGGUUCUAUUGUUUGGAAUUUGGACCCACUCUGGCUGAGCGGGUAGUUUGUUUUACAGCCAGUAUUGGACGAAAAGUAUGGGGCCUAGCGCUGGCGCAGGACCACGGUCGAACAUUUUCAUUCGAUUUCAUUUCUCCCCUGCAUGAGCAAAUGCAGCCCAUGGAAAAGCUGCUUGGGAACCUGGGCUUUGAUGUGCACAAGGGUCCGGUGCCUAUUUACAGCUUGAACAUGGAGGUUGUCACAAUUCAAGGGGGGGAAAUUUGUUUAUACGUGUCUGAAGCGACCCCUGUCAAUCUGGAGAAAGCGAUCCGGAAAGAAUCUAAGCACGACAGCAGCGAAAGCGAUUCUGUUGAGGCAGCUUUUGAGGCAAAUCUGUAUGAUGUUGAUUCGGAGAGUUCCGAUGAAUGGGUUGGUGGAAGUUCUUGUGCAGAGGCAGGGAUUGAAACUGAUGUGGAAACCUCAUCUGCGUCCUCUUCUGAAGACGCGCAGCCUCCCCAAGAAGAGCAGCCGCCACAGGCGGCAAUUGAAAAAGCAGCUCCAGGCACCUUUGUGAUCAUGAACAACCCUUACUUUUCCAUCAGUAACUAUGCGGAUUCUUGCGCUGCUCAUGCGGCUGUUUCUUUGCGGGCGCGUUUGUCUGAAAAAUGGUGCUCUUCUGACUUGCUAGGUAGCAAGAACAAAAGUAAAACCAUACAAAUUCGAGAUUUUGAUUCUGACCCUUCAGAUCCACAAAUAGCGCAGAUGGUGCUGUCUGCAUGGAUGCUGCAUCGAGUGCAGAUGAAUGGAUUUAUCGGCAAAAACAAAAGCAGAAAGAUUUGGCUGGACAGUGAAAUGAAAAAUCUGAAACAGAAAGUUGGUGCAGGCACAGGCUGCCAGAAGGCAGACGCUUUGAUUCGGGAAUGGCUGCCGGGAAUGCUGUAG